AACCCCAGCUCUCGUUUCCACUUCACAUCCCAAAACACAAAUCUGCAGAAAUUAGCGAGGAAGGAAAACGAUGGUUGAAGAAAGCGAGAAAUCCGCGGCUGCCGCCAUCAAUGAUGAACUAGAGAACUCAUCUGAGAUGAACAAGAAUCACCACGGUGAGGACUCGGAGAUGGAGGAAGGGGAGAUCAUCGCCGCCGAUUCCGACGCCGCCGCGAAAGCCAUGGAGCCUCCGCCGCCGAGACAUCCCUUGGAACAUUCCUGGACAUUCUGGUUCGAUAAUCCGUCCGCAAAAUCGAAACAGGCGGCGUGGGGAAGCUCAAUUCGCCCGAUUUACACCUUCUCCACCGUCGAAGAUUUCUGGAGUGUGUACAAUAAUAUACACCAUCCCAGUAAGCUGGCAGUUGGAGCCGACUUUCAUUGUUUCAAACAUAAAAUUGAACCAAAAUGGGAAGAUCCUAUCUGUGCCAAUGGGGGGAAGUGGACUGUGACUUACUCACGGGGUAAAUCCGACACUUGUUGGCUUUACACGUUGCUUGCGAUGAUCGGUGAACAAUUUGAUUAUGGAGAUGAAAUUUGUGGGGCGGUUGUGAAUGUUAGAGCAAGGCAAGAGAAAAUUGCUAUAUGGACAAAGAAUGCUGCCAAUGAAGCUGCUCAGCUUAGUAUUGGAAAACAAUGGAAGGAGCUUCUGGAUUACAAUGAAACCAUUGGUUACAUAUUCCAUGUAAGUUUUCCUUUUAGUCAUGUUGAUGCUAAUCUAUUAUGCCAGUUUUCCUCAGAUCGAUAAUACAUCUUUGUAAUGUAGGAUGAUGCAAAGAAGCUUGACAGGGGAGCCAAGAAUCGUUAUACUGUGUAGCAGUCUGAAUCGCGUUUCUAUUAUCGAGUUCAAUGUGACAGCGACUAAAAAUGUGAAAAUAGAAUCAUCGUUCAUUUUUGGUGUUUUAGAUGUUUAGCUAGAUUUCAGAACCGCCUGAAAUGUUCAAUAUCUCCAAUUUACUAUUGUAUUCCGAAAAAGACUAUUUCUGACUGAUUGAUCUUUUGUUCUACAUUUCUGCAAAAAUAAUUAAUUUUCAGGUGUA